AUGUCCGACGUGAUACGAUCGUCCUCGCGACACGGAAGGCGUCCUCGUCGUGUGCUCGAGGACGCUUUCAAUGAAGUCGAAGCCAAGCACACAUCGUCGCAUCGUCGACGGUCGAGUUCUCGUGCUAGCAGCCGCCGUCAUGGACGAUCUUCACGUGCUUCGUCUGUGCAGAGCGAGUUUUACGAUCUGAGUGGCUCCGAUGUGGCAUCAUACAUGACUGGUUCGCAGCUAAGUGUAGCCACAAUGGAGACGGAUCCAGCCUAUGCUAGCCACCAGCGCGGUGCGGCGGAUGAGGCCGUGGGCCUGAGUGGUAUCGAGCCACCGAUGUCCUCCAGCAAGGAGCGCAGCUCGCGCCGUCGCAAAAGCCGUUCGCACCGUACGGCGGAGGAGGGAGAGCGACCCCGCUCGCGCACGCACCGUUCGCGACGAUCACAUGGGGACGAAGCUUCGACGAGCCGUCCUCGCUCGCAGCACCGUCGCUCGCGGCGUAGCAGUGAGGAGGAGCAGGCGCAGCGCCGUGCCGAACGCAAGGAACGCAAAGAACGCAAAGAACGCCGAGAACGCCGACGUGAGAGCGGAAGCAGGUACGCCGAGAGCCAAACGGGGUCGGAAUGGUCGGACGACGUGGGCUCUGUGGUGUCCAGCCAGGCGCACUCGGAAUCGUCUCGUCGGCAUCGCCGUCGUAACAGCCGCUCGGUGGCAUCUGGGCUGUCGGAAGAGCGAAGCGAGGCAGGUGAUUCGACACGUCGUCGCCACCGACGCCGUAGCGGCUCGUCGCAGGGCAGUGACAGUGGGCGGUCACGUCGCCGCUCUCUACGUCGUUCACGGACGCGCGACUCGACGCGCCAUGCACAUGCCAGGUCGGGUCGGGCUGGGCUGGAUGCGCUGGAAGAAGAGCAUGCAUCGAUUUUGGAGCGUGAUUUGCAGGACCAGGAUCCGUAUGCAUCGCCUGUGCCUGGCUCUACGACGGCCAGCACGGACGCGGCGCGAUCGCGACGCUUGCUGGGCCUGGGUGGACUUGCGAAGCUACCAAGUCUACGACGAAGCAGCCAAAAAGGCCUGGGAAUUAGCGUGAAAGACGACUCAGCCUCGGAGGCCCGCAUGGCUGAGCAGCGGGCCAAGGCGGAUGCCAAGACGGAAGCGGCGCUGCGCAAGCUGGACGAGGCCGAGCAGAAGCGACUCGCUGUGCUGCAGAAGAAGAAGGAGCGCGCAGAGCAGAAAGAAGAAGAAGCACGACGCAAAGCCCUGGUCACGCAGCGCAAGAAAGAGCUGGCGUACACCGCGAAGCAGGAGAAGCUGGGAGAAAAGGAGCGACGGCGUCAGGAGAAAGAGGAGGCGAAGAAGGCAGCUGAGGCCGCGAAGCAAGCGCGUGCAUCGGAGGCGCUGAUCGAAGUGCAGCGACGUGAGCGUGAGCGUGAGCUGGCCGAGAUGGAUCGUAAGCAGCGGCGCUUGAUGUCGAUUACGCCCUUCCGACGUCGUCACCCGAAGUUGGAGCUAAGCAUGAUGACGCCGAUGCAGCGCCAUAUGUUGGUCAAAGUGCUUGUUAUGCUGCAAGUGCAGGAGGAGUGGAUGGGAUUGGGCCAGCAUGGUAUGAUGGGAUUGUAUGGCUUCCCCUUUAGCACAGAGCGUCAGCCUGUAAGCGAGCGUCGUGCCAAGCUGCUUCUCUUUAAGAAGGAACACAAGCCAGUGCCUGCGUCCUUGGCGCCGCCUGAUGAGCCGCUCAUUUUGCGCCAUAUGUUCCAAGUGCACCUUCGUCAGCUGCCGGGCCUGCGUGAUGCGCCGCUGGAGUACUGGCGCAAGCGUGUGCAGCGCAUCAACGAAGUGUACUGUGACGAUGCGAUGUCGACGUCGCGGGAGCAGACGCAGUUGGUCUUGUCGCAUAUGCUGUCGCUGGUCGGUACGCAGUACUUGGGUCUCUUCUUUGCGCGUGGUGUGGGUGUUCGUGGCACGGAUGAGCUGCGUGGCCCUGGCAUUGGCGACCCAGGCACAGAAGAAUGGGGCGUCGGCAAAGGCUGGGGGGCAGGUACAGUGAAACGUGGCCUGGCGCGGCCGUAUGUGUUGACGGACCGCGACUAUGACCUCAUUGACUCGCUCUUUGAGGACACAGAGCGCGAUGUGUGGCAAGCCGCUGGGCGUGAAUCGGAGCGUGUGCAGGGCGACUUUAAUGCGUUCAAGGAGAAGAUCAUCGAGCAGGAAACGGGUCUGGAGGAGAUCACGUCGUACCUCACAGUGAGCCAAGUGGCCAACUUGCCGAUCGAGCUGCAGAAUGCCGAAGAGUGGGUCCGAAUCCACGUCGCGUUGGUCUGCCGCUGGCUGCUGGUCGAGUCGCCGGCCGCUGAUGCGCUAUUCAACUUUGUGCGUAUUGCGCACUCGCUCUUCCCGUACUGGGCUGUUCGACAGGCGCUGAUGGUGGCGAAUGCACAGACGAUGAUCCAAGUCGUGCUCUCCAUUUUGCUGGUGCAGCCGAUGGGAGCUGAUUCGCUGUUCCAGCGGAUUAUCGGCUACGCGAUUGGGCGCGAAGCUACGACGAUGCAGAAAGAGGUGAUUGAGCCUCUGCGUCGCGAAGUGGCUGAAUCGAUGCUGAUCAACAAGGUCGACGCGUACGUGCGUCAGCGCACCGCGUCGGGCGUGGCGCAUCUCGAAGCCGAGUCGAUCAAGACAGGCAACGAUUUGUUGACGACCAUUCUGCUCACACCCACAGAGCCGCUCCUGGACUCGGGCCUCAAAUCGCACGUGUUGUCGAUGCAGGCGGCGUACGCGGCAUCGCCGUAUCGUACGCAGCCCGACUUGGCCUACCCGGCGUCGACACCGCAAGGCAAGAAUGCCAAGCCGAUACCCAGUUGGGGCGCGCCGCCGGGCGACGUGAACAAGGCGCGCGAAUUUGCGCUGCUGAAGCUGUACCUCCGCUCACUCCUAGAGAAGCAUGAUCGGCAGCGCCUGGCCAAGCUGCUGAGCUCCAGUCUGUUUGUCAACUUUAUCAAGGACUCGCUGCAGCAUGUGUUUUACGAUGCAGUGCGGCAAGUGUCCAAGUCGGCCGAUCUCAGCGGACGGCUGGCCGACUUGCAAAAGCUGCUGGACGAUGCGAUCGACGUGCGGAAGAACUCGGACAACUCGCUCGAGGCAUGGAUUGCAUUGGCCACCAAGCACCAUGAAUUCAUCUACUUUUUCGUGCACGAAAUGGCCCCGAUCCUCGAUCCCAUUUGGCAAUGGUGCCAGUACGGCUUGGACUACAUGUCGCUCUCAACCACUGAUCCCCAGCGUCCUGACGACCGACGUGCGCAGGACAUUGAAGUCAACCUCGACGAAAUGCUGCAGGACGAGCGCUUGUCCGACAAGGACGUCGAUCGCAUCCUCCAGGAAAUGGACCAGUUGAUUGAGUACAGUCGCUGGAGCAAAAUCCGUCGUGAGCUGCAGUUCCGUCGUCUGUUCUUGCUCUCGCAUACGCCGUCGUCGUCUGGCCUGUGGCACGAAAGCAUCCCCAGCGACGAGAUGCGCAAGGAACUCCGCGACGUGGAUGGACUCCUCGCCGAACUCCUGCGCAAAGAAGGCAAGGCUAUGGACGAUGGCGCGUGCGAUGACAUUCGCGGCGGCGAGCGCAAAGACGUGCCAUGGGCCUUUUUCGAUGCCGCGGAUCCCCUGGGCCAGGCGAUUCGGGCCGAACCCGCGUCGAAGCAGCAUCGAUUGCUGCGCGUACGCCCCGGCCUUCGGCCGCCCACGCUAGAGGCGACACGCAAACUCCAGCCGCUCUUCCGCGAGUUGCUCGUCGCCGAGCUCCCAGAUUGGCUGGAUCAGGACCUCAAUGGCGAGCCACGUGUAGCGCCGAAAUCGCUGGCGCAGGCGUCUUCCAAGCUGCUCCGCAAGACGCGGCGUGGUGAGGCGGCCUAA